ACAGCGUCGGAGAGGGGCGGCAGGAUGAACGUGGGUACAGCGCACAGCGAGGUGAACCCCAACACGCGGGUGAUGAACAGCCGUGGCAUCUGGCUCUCCUAUGUGCUGGCCAUCGGGCUUCUCCACGUGGUGCUGCUCAGCAUCCCCUUCGUGAGCGUCCCCGUCGUCUGGACCCUCACCAACCUCAUCCACAACAUGGGCAUGUACAUCUUCCUACACACAGUGAAGGGGACACCCUUCGAAACCCCGGACCAGGGCAAGGCGAGGUUGCUGACCCACUGGGAGCAGAUGGACUACGGGGUCCAGUUUACAGCCUCUCGGAAGUUCUUGACCAUCACACCUAUCGUGCUGUACUUCCUCACCAGCUUCUACACGAAGUACGACCAGAUCCAUUUCGUUCUCAACACUGUGUCCUUAAUGAGCGUGCUCAUCCCCAAGCUGCCCCAGCUCCAUGGAGUCCGGAUUUUUGGAAUCAAUAAGUACUGAAGAUGCGGCACUCCCCUGCCCAGGAUGGCAGGGGUGAGGUAGAAGGCCUGUGCUGCGAUGCUGAAGACAGACGGAGCCUCGGGACACUGCCAGAGAUGGGGGCUGAGCCUCUAGGCCCUAGAUACCCCCUCGCUUCCCCAGUAGCUUAUAGUGGGGUUGGGGUGGGCCUCCCCGAGGCUCAGACCCCUUCCAUUUUUUAAAAAUUUUUUCCUUUUGCCUUUUGAGUAGAGACUCCGUGGGUGGUCCUGGAAUGGGCUGGGCUCCCAGGCUGAACAUGGACCCAUGAGGCUGGUGCAACAGGCUAGGGAAACCCCCUGCUCACUUGCUCACCCUCAGGUGGCCAAAGCACUUUAACCCCUGUGAGGGGAGCAGAAGGGACGGUACAACUUAUAGAUUGUUUCACUUUAAUUCUUAAGUCUUUAGGGUGGCAGUGUGCUUGUAUACACACGAGCAGGCGUGUGCCGACGCUUCAUCCCUCUGGGCACACAACUGUUUAAUUCAAGUCUGAUGCAUUUGGCAGAUUCCCUGCAACCCACCCUGGGUACUGGGUGGGGCUGGGGAGGGUGAGGAGAGGGUUGAUGGGGCUGGGUGUGGAUGCCCUGGUCCCAGAGGUGCGGAGCCAGGGCCAAUGCCAUCCAGGCCCUGGUGGAGUUCGGUGGAGGGGAGGAGAGAUGGUGAGUUGAGAUUUAGAAGAAUAGGACCACGUAGCAGCAGAGAUUGAUGGGAGGGAGGGAGGGAGGGCUGGGGACGGAGCUAGCUCCAACCUCGUCCUUUGGGGAUGUGGGCAGGGAGGGGAGUAGACUUGGAAGAGUAAUUUACCUGCAGAAUGGUGGUGGUAGUAGGGAAGGGAGGUAGCUGUGGGUUUGGAGCUUUUUGGGUUGGUGUGAGGGGAUGGAGAUGGACGGAGGAGUCCCCUGAGUUGCAGUCUUCCCAGGUCCAAUUUGACACUGCCUUCUGCAGUGGUGUGAGAGGUGUGGGAAACUGGGACAGAAAUGAUGGAUCCUGGGGUCCCUCACCUUGUAGCCUGCUCACGCAGAUGGCACUGGGGCAGGGCCCCCCUUGUGUGGCAUGCACAUGUGGGGUAUGAGGCCACUCCCACCUGGGUUGGUGGGCUGCUUAAACAGGACAGUGGAAGGAGCGAAGAGUGGCCUGCAGACGCUGCCCUGUCAGCGUGUGAGGCAAAGAGAGGUGGGGCUGGAGCCUGAGCACAGGCCUGGAGAGGGGCCUUCGACCUCUCUCCCCACUCCGAUGGGGUCUCUGUUACUUCGAAAAGCUGUGGGUGCCUGUGCCCUCUCCCAGGGGCCUGAGGGAGGAGGGGAGGUCACUGACCCUGUUUUCUGUCUCCUAGCGCCGCAGCCGCCAGCCCGUGUUAUCAUAGGGAACUUUCACCUCAAAAUCUUUGUAAGCAAAGUGUGAAUAGGAUUUUUACUCCCUUUGUACAGUAUUCUGAGAGAUGCAAAUAAA